AUGGCUUCCGCACCUGUCGACGAGGAAGACAAGGUCUCCAUCACCCCUCUCCUCAAACGUCUCUGGCACGAAUCCCCUGCAACAAAACCAAACGCCGACGAGAUUGCGGCUGCACUCUCCCUCAUCUUCACCAACAGCUUGUCUGAAGUUCAGACGGGAGCUCUCCUGACAUGUCUGCAUUUCACGGAUCGUGACCGGCAGGCAGAUAUCCUUGCCAAAUGCUCCAAGGCUAUGCGGGACUUCUCCACCGGCAUUGACGUCGCAGGACUACAAAAGUUGAUCGAUGAGCGGGGGAGGAAGGAGGGGAGUUACAAUGGAGGGUUGUGCGACAUAGUCGGCACAGGAGGCGACUCCCACAACACCUUCAACAUCUCGACCACGUCCUCGAUCCUUGCCAGCGCCCUCCUCAUGAUCGCCAAGCACGGCAACAAAGCCUCAACCUCGCGCUCCGGCUCCGCCGACCUCCUGGCCUGCACGCCCCCAAAGGCCCCAGUCAUAACCGCCGUCGCGCCCGCCACCAUCCACGAAAUCUACUCCCACACAAAUUACGCCUUCCUCUUCGCCCCCAUCUUCCACCCCGGCGCCCGCCACGCCGCCUCCAUCCGCCGCCAACUCGGCUGGCGCACCAUCUUCAACCUGCUCGGCCCCCUUGCCAACCCCCUGCACGACCUGAUCGAAGCCCGCGUCCUGGGCGUCGCGCGCAGGGAAAUCGGCCCCGACUUCGCCGAGUCGCUGCGCCAGUCCGGCUGCAGAAAAGGCAUGGUCAUCUGCGGCGAUGAGGAGCUGGAUGAGCUGUCUUGCGCAGGGCCCACGCACUGCUGGCGCCUGGUCGAGAACAAGGACUCACACGACGUGGAUAUCAAUUACUUCACGCUUACCCCCGCGGACUUUGGGCUGCCCACGCACCCGCUCAGUGAGGUUUCGCCAGGUCAGUCUCCGGAACGGAAUGCGGAGAUCUUGAUGAGCAUUCUCAAGGGCGAAGUCCCGGCCGACGACCCCAUUCUGCACUUUGUCUACAUCAACACGGCGGCGCUGUUCGUUGUUAGUGGUAUCUGCGACGCGGAUUCGAGUGAUAUGGGGCACGGCGAUGAUGGGAAGGUGAUCACCGAGGUUGGGCCUGGAGGCGGGCGGUGGAAGGAGGGCGUGCGGCGGGCGAAGUGGGCGAUCAGUAGUGGGGUGGCGUAUCAGGAGUGGCAGAAGUUCGUCGAGGUUACAAAUAAAGUAGCAUAG